GAUUUCCGACAAGGAUAGGUUAAAUUCUACUACUAUUUAUUCCCGUUCUCAAUUCUUACUUUCAUGUGUUCUUCUAUCUUUGGGUUUUGCUUUGAAUUUCUUUUUCGGCGCGAACGAUAAAUUGAAGAAGGACUGAAGAACAGAAGAAGAAAUAUGUAUAAAUUGCGAGAAUCAAAGUGCUCGGACGAAGAGUUUGUUACUAAAUCAGAAGAGUUAGCAAAGGAAAUCGAAGACGCAAUGGACCAAGUUAAAAAGGAUCUGUCGGCCUACGUCAACGUUGAAGGCAUAUUCAACUACAUACUCCAGGCACCUCACAUAUUCCCCGACGAACAAUUCAAUGUCAUGCUGCCUCAAUAUAACGACGACUUUGUGCACGACGAUGCUGACGAGGUGGGGAAGAGAUUCGACGAGCUAUGCCGUAGCAGAAAUAAGCGAAUGAUGGACGAGAUGAAGAGAAUUAUGAAGUUGAGUGCGUAUUUGAUGAGGCCGUUGAGCGAACCCCAAAUGUACUGCCCGUGGUACGACCGUUUCGACCAGAUUUGUUCUAUACGAUUACGCUACGUCAAAAGGGUACGCAAGGCGUUGGACGCCCAUUCUAUGGCUUUGUAUAAUACCCUUGCCUCAUUUCCGUUGCCAAAUAUCGAUUACGCCACCAUGGUGAAGCAGUACAAACGCAAGUUUCGGCAGCAACACAUUGAAGCGGUGAAUCGAAAACAAGGCCGGGCGAGCAAGAAUUAGUCUGUUUUAUUUUCUUGAGUUAUAUUUUACUAGUAUAGUGGUUGAAUUGUGAACUUCUCCCGUCUUUAACUUAUCGGAACAAAUACUGCCUAGCUAGUAGUAGCUUCUCUGUCUUUAUAUGAAUUCCAAUCCGAAGAUUUUCGAUUUUGGAACAA